AUGAUGUCGAAUGUCACGCCAGACCAGCGAAGGGGCAGGCACUUCCAGGUGCCGAAACGUCUUGAGCACACAAAGAAAAUUCAGCCAUUCAAUCAAAUAAUAUCGCGCAAUAGUUCUACGGCGUCACAGAGGUCGACGAGAUCUGCCAAUAACUUGAUCUCAACCUACUAUGGAGAGCAAAAGGAGAAUUCAAUUGCACCCACUCUCGAGUCGAUAUCGAUCUUGAAGGCUACGAAGCAUGCUCAUCAUUAUGACCCUCGUCUUUCUGAUUCUCUUCAAUCUGGAAGAGACAGAUCAGUGAAUCGUACGCGAAUUGAACUGAUCAGAGGAUCAGGUGCUUCUCUAUCCAGCAUUCCAUCGUCUUCAGCUUCUUCGCCUGAAUCGGAUAAGAUAGACAUUCCCAAUGAGGAUGAUGUGGACGAAGAGGUCGGUGAAGUUGUGGAAGUACAGCUGGCAAGCAUACAAGGUCAUAUACCAAAUGUGUUAGCACUCCUUGAUGACGAAGUGAUGUCAGAAGAGGUCCCCCAUCAAAAUCUUAACAUCCAAAUGCGCACGCAACAGCGACAGGAAGCUUUGAGGGAGUUGAUGCAGUCAACACCAGACACAAACACAAAUACGUGGUUUGACGUGGUACCGUCUGGAAACGUUUCUGAGACUCAGAACAGAAGUAGGUGGAAAAACGUUGAUAUGAAGAUCAAAUACGAGACAAUCUCGAACGACUUGCGCAAGCUGUCUAUGUUUAACUCGAAACCAAUGGUGAAUUCGCUCAAGAGGAUCAUGCCGACUGAGAAAGGAACUGCUCAGAGCUUUGGGCCGGGAAGCUUCGUGCUAGGAAAGGGAAAGGACAUACUUAUAGAUAUUUGGAAUAAAGGGUAA